AUGUUGGUGUACGCCUUUUAUUUUACCCUCUUUGCCUUCCAGGCACUAUCAAAAAGUGUUAAGUUUGUCUCCCCGUCGCAAAGCAAGACUUCAUUUCUCAUAUCGCGGAUUAGUUUCGACGAAAAAAUCACGGUGGAGCUUGACGAAAUAGAUGACCGAGUGAUUGAACGCAAAUAUCGGCGACCAAGUGGAGUUUAG